AUGGAAGCGAAACAGAUUCCAUCUUCCAGGACGCCCCAAUCUGGGUCAAGCAAUACGUCGCUAAAGAGAAAUCCACAUGUCAUCUUGCAACCAAGGCCCAGUAACGACCCAAACGACCCUCUUAACUGGCCACGAUGGAGAAAGAAUCUAAAUUUUAUAUUGAUUUCCUAUUAUACCUUGAUAGUGUUUACACUGACUAAUAUCGCAACCGUGACCUGGGCGCCAGUGAACGACGAACUUGGUUUUAGCUACGCCAUACUCACUGACGCUUUCGCUGCUAGCAACGCAGCGUUGUGUAUCGGCGGAUUCCUACUCGUUCCGCUUGCAUUGAAGUUCGGACGACGACCACUUUAUAUUUUCAGCACUGCGGUUCAAUGUGGAAUGAGUAUAUGGUACGCCAGGAUGCACACUGUGGCUGACCUCAUGUUAAUCAAUCUUUUAACUUGCGCGGUCGGUUCACUAGCAGAAGUGAUGGUUCAGAUGACAGUGGCUGAUAUGUUUUACUUUCAUGAACGAGGACUCAUGAAUUCUAUCUACUACUGGUUCAUGAUCACCGGGGCUGCUCUAUCACCAUUGCCUGGUGGAAUUAUUAUCUCGAACCAAGGCUGGCGUUGGGUUUGGUGGUGGCUGGCUAUCUUGCUUGGAGCGGGCUUUGUUGUGUUUUUUUUCUGCUACGAAGAGACAAUGUUUACCCGCCCGACCACCGGAACACAGCAAAUAUCCAGCCAGCCAGAAAUGGAAGAUGCAGUUACAAACAAAGACCCAGAGGCCCUGAAGGACGCUCCUGAAAGCGGAGAGGUAAUCAUUGAUUAUUCAAUUCCCCAAAAGUCUUAUUGGCAAAAAUUGAAAUUGUGGUCGAAUUCAUCAAUGCCACUGAGUCAACUUUUCAAACACACUUACCAGCCUUUGUUGGUCAUUUUUACCAUACCGGCUGUCUUUUUCAUGGCAAUUCAAUAUGGAAUCUUGAUUUCCUGCAUUGUUCUUCCAGUCACCUCCCUGUCUUCAUACAUGACACUUCCCCCAUAUGAGUUCAAUCCUACACAAAUUGGAUUAAUGGGGCUUGCCUCUUUCACUGGUUCUAGUCUAGGGGCCUUGAUUGGUGGCUUCAUGAGUGACUAUGUUUGUCUUUACCUCGCGAAAAGAAAUGGCGGUGUCUUUGAGCCCGAGAUGCGUCUCUGGGUUUCUGUCGCCUUCGCGCCUUUCGUCCCAGCGGGUACCUUCAUUUUCGGAAUCAGUUUGAAUAAUGGCGCCAACUGGCUUUUACCGGCCUUUGGGCUGGGAAUCACUUGCUUCGGAGUUCUUCCAACUAGCAGCGCUGCACUUACAUACCUGACCGAUGCAUACACCGAUAUUAUCGCUGACUCAAUUAUGGGCGUGACUUUUGUCCGCAAUGCUAUCUUGACGAUUUUUAUGUUUGCUCUUCAGCCCUGGUCUGAGAGUGUUGGAUUGACAUGGGUCUAUGUGACAUUUGGACUCAUAACUGCUGUUAUACUCGUUGGUAAUAUUGUAUUUAUUUACUUCGGAAAGAAAUUCAGGAUCAACACUGCUGCCAGGUACCAAGGCUUUAGUGAUCGGAAACCAGAGCAGACAGAGAGAUAG